AGCAGUGACAACAAAAUGGGGAGAAGAAGCGGUGAGAGCGGGGGCAGCAGCCUGCGAGUGUCCCAUGUCUCCCAAGAGAACUUACCUCACUGGAAUUUGGAUCCCGAAGUCCCCGCGCCCGAAAGCAAGGCCCCCCUCUCUGGAAGGGAGAGCGCAGCAGGUGGCAAAAUCAACAAGAGCCAUCUGGAAAUUCCUGUAGAGCAACUGAUAUUAGAACUGAGCUUGCCAGAGCAUUCUCCCAGAAGAUCACAGAACAGUAAACAAGGGCCAUUUCACCUAUGGAGUUACCCUCAGAAGGAAGACAGCCCCUCGGAGAGCAGGGAUUUCAGAAAAGGUCCCAUGGAAAGUGGCUUUAGCAUAAGCAGUGGCCCCAUCAAGCUCUUCACCCUGAGAGGCCUGCCUGUCAACCCGUCCGUGGAGAAGCCAGUGCGGUCCUAUGCUGGGCUGCAAAUGCCCUUGGGCCUGUGCUGGCCCUAUGCCGACGGGGACUUCUAUAAGGACAAAACCGAGUCUCCCAUGGCUUUGUUUUCGGGGGCCGGGAACCACAGUGGGGAAGCUCUACCCGGCCCAAGCUGGGAUCUGAAACCGAGAAACAGCAUUGUCGAAGAAGUUCUGACAGAUGAGAGUGACUUAUCAGAAAACGAGAAGGCAAACGAUACUUUGCUCAGCUACUUUAAAAAGAUGGACCUGAAUUUAAAGCCAGAAAAGAUCGACACCGUGGAGGGCUCUUUCACAGAGGGAGCGAGCAAAGCAUUUCCGUAUCCGGAUUUCCUCCCCCCUCCUCUCAACACGCUGGACCUGCACAAAUUGGCCUUCUCCAAAUCAGAGAAUUGGAAAGUCACCAUGGAACCUCUAGACGGCUCUAUGGAUCCCCUGAUCACUCGCUUGCUGGAAAUGGAAAGAUUACAGCACAAUACUGUACAGAAAGAGAAGCCUCGGCCUCAGAACACCUUCUGUCCAGUGGUCACGGAAUGCUCCUCUUCCUCCAGAGCUGCCCCCAAAACCAGACCACUGAAGCUGUCUGACCCCUCGAGCCUUCAGACACCUGGUGCAGAUAAAAGUCGGGAAAAAAGGAAAAACAAUUCUGCUUCGUGCAAGUUUGAACAAAGUCCUUCGAAAUGGAACUGGAGCAGCUCUGGCAAGUAUAAAUGGAACGCAAGGCCGUCCUCUCUGAAAAGUUCCUCCACCACCAAGCAAGUGAUCGCCAGUUAUGACGACUUGAAGAUCUCCAAGAGCUCCACUUUGUCCCCGUACCAAGACACGUCAGCAAAGCCUCCGGCCGUCCCGACCACCCAGUCACUGGUUAAAAUGGUCUCCACGCGGUGCCUCCCGCCCAGGUCUCCAGGCCCAGUCUCCCCCAUCCCUCUGCCUUUCCCUGAGUACCAGAAGGAAGAACUGAAGGUACCACGGACCAAAAAGAAACUUUACCGGAAAAGCAUAGCCCUGAACAGACCCUUCUGUAUUCAGAAGCUCAACUGCUUGUCACCCACAUUCAUCAUCGCCAAGGACAAAUGCUCACCCAUCGACCAGAAAUAA